UUGUAAGUGUUUGAUUUUAUUUCAAGUUCACUUCGGGUUUUCACGCAAGAAGAGAAGAGUGAAAUUUCGUCUGCAGAGAAGAUUUACGUGUCAAAUUUAUUGUUAAUAGAAGAGAUUCAUGCUGAGAUGACUCUAAGAAGUGAUUUAGAAAAAGUUGAAAACAACGACGAGCUUUCCGAGCUUUCAACCGAAUAAGUAAACGCAAGCAUUGCUGGCUCCUUCCGAAUGCAUGCCCUUUUGCCGCCAAUUUCAUUCAAAACGAGACCAAGAUGGCAGCACCGUUGUCGUGGAGAACAGGAAGGCACAGGAAAGAUGGCGAGCUUGUUGUGAUUCAUCGGAGUCCGUUCUUAGACCGUGACAAAUUCGGCUCUCCCACGGCUCAUUCGGACCGACGGCGCAUCGGAAGCUGGCGAAUCGCACCCCCCGUUGACCGCCGAACGCGAAAAUGUGCAUUCAACCGCGUUUCUGAUGCCCGCAGCUGCCCGAUAGGCGGUGAGGCGAGUGCCAGCAGAUCCGGGACUUGAAAACCACCCCAGCUUUUCGACCCCGCUUUUCGGCCAAAAUGCACCAACCGAGGCGGCGCCGAGUGUCGCACAACUUCACCUACGUUAGCGCCUGUGGAAAAUACAUGAUCUUCCUUCUCAACUUUUUAUUUUGGUUGCUCGGAGGCUUGUUGAUUGCAAUCGGUCUCUACGCCUUUGUGGACAAAUGGCAGACCAUUGGUUCGGUCAAACUAACCAACAUCUACGACGUGUUCCUCAACAUAUCGCUGGUGCUGAUCAUCAUGGGAGCCAUUAUCUUCAUAAUGAGCUUCACCGGAUGCAUCGGAGCCCUGAGAGAAAACACCUGCCUCCUCAGAUUUUACUCAUUCUUCCUGUUGGUGUUCUUCCUGCUGGAAAUGUUCAUCGCCGUCGCGGGCUUUGUCUUUCCACACCGCAUGCAGUCACUGUUGGACGAGACUUUUACAGACAAAAUUAUCACCACGUAUCGAGAAGACCCUGAUCUGCAGAACCUGAUCGACUUUGGACAGAAAAAGUUCCAAUGUUGUGGAUUGAGCCACAGCGGGUUCAUGGACUGGUCGAAAAACGAGUACUUCAACUGCAGUUCGCCCAGUGUUGAGAGCUGCGGUGUGCCAUUCUCGUGUUGCAUCAAUGCCACGGAUAUAUCAAGUGGGCUGGUUAACAUAAUGUGUGGUUACGGAGUGCAGAAACACACUCCUGCUGAAGCUGGAAAGAAGAUUUACACGACUGGGUGUGUCGAGGAAGUGCGAAUAUGGCUCGAGAGAAACCUGUACACCAUUGCAUGUGUGGCGCUGGGCGUCGCUCUUGCUCAACUCUUCGUAAUUUACCUCUCCAAGACCCUCGAGGGUCAGAUAGACCUGCAGAAGUCCCGUUGGAGAACAUGAGAGGAAGUUGUGAUGGUUCCGUCGUGCUCGUAUUAUCAGUGGGUUUGAUGUGAAAAUUUUAAGUGUCGGCGGAAUCAUGUGUGUUCGGGCGGACUGCUUCUGAAUUGGGUUCUUUCAACAUAAAGUGAAUAGUUGUAUAUUCGAGAGGAACAACAUGUUUCUUCUCCAUCGAAGUGAUUCAUUUUUGGCAUUGUAUAUCAACUCAUUUUGCAAAAGGGGCGCCUUCUAUUUUGGAAUAAAGCACAGAAUUGUUUGCACACGUAGGUUAAUUAAAAUGGAGCGAUGCCAAGAAAUUUGAUGUAGAUUUGAUAUAUUAUCGAAUGGGGUUUGAUUAAUUUUAUUGUGAUGUUCUUGGCAGAACUCUUCCGAGAAUCUGUGCCCAAACAAUUGAACACUCCCUCCAUUUCGGUACGAAACUCCACGAUGACACACACACACACACAAUUUGUCUCGUUCGGGAAGCAGAAAUUUUUGUACAUUGGUUGAACUGUUCGAGUGCAGUACAAAACCGGGCACAUUGCAGGCGUUGUUCCAAUGUGAUUACUCAGUCGACGUGAUAUUUGGGAGGACCAUUUUCAUUCUGUCUGUUUGUCUCAUCCACUUUGCGCAAAUCGAGAAAGCUUCCUCCUUGUUUCUUUUAUAUAAGCCCGGCCAUUCGCUUCAACUCGACCCAGUGAACAUUCCUCGUUUUUUCGAAUACAAAUAAUUUUCUCCAUGAUAAUAUGUGAUCUGCCCUGCUUUUAUGUGGUCUCAUUGAUUAUUUAAGAUACUGCUCUGAGAUAAUUCAAUUCAUAAUAUAAUUGUAUAAAAACUGAUCUGACAAUGAAUCAGAAUUAAGAUUUUUUACAAGUUGAUUAUUAUCGUAGAUGUGCUGUUGCUUAAUUUGCAUUUUACCUCUCGGGAAUUUGAAAUUCCUGGAUUCGAUUUAAAAUUCCAUGCCUCACUUCCUGUAACCAUGUACAGAGAUUUAUUUAACCUUUUUUAUUUUGUUACCGAGUCCAAUUCGACUCUUCGGGGUGAAAUAAUUAUGUUUUAGUGUUACAAUGAUUGUACUGGUAAGUUAUAAAACUAAUAUGUGUCAAAUUACUGCUUAAAUGUAAUAAUAUUCCAUGAUGUCUGGAUAUAAAUGCAUUAUAUUUAUACUUGAUAAGACGUGCUUUAAUUGAAUAAAAGGAAAAAUACGAAGAAAUUA